AGCGGGGCUGGGGCUCGGGUGCUGAGCGGCUGGUGGUGAAAUCGGGGCAGCAAACACAUCCGUGGGGCAAGGGGCUGCUGUGCUGUGCAGGCACCCGGCGGGCUUGGAAGCCACAGGAGGGUUGUGUGGGGCUGGGGGGGUGCUUGCUGCGUUUUUCCCCGGGGGAAGGGCACUCGCGUUGCGGUCACAGCAGCGGUGCCGGUGCCUCGGGUUCAGCCCAAAGCCACCUGCCCGUCUCACAGAGCCGGAGGAGUGGGGGGGACAUGAUGCCACCCCCCCCCCCCCCAACUCGGAGCUGGAGCUGUUGCUUGUUUCCCAAGUGUUUUGUUUCCCCAAACAAAACAUCGUAGGAAACAUUGUGCAAAAGGAAGAAAAGCGCUUCGGAAGCGCCCAGGGGCUGGGGCUGCCCGGUUCGCCUCGCUCCGGGGGGUGCCGCAGGCUGAGCCCCCCCGUGCCCCCCGGUACCCAGCACCGCCGUUGUCAUGGGGAUGCGAUUCCCGAGCUCGGCCCCAGGAGCUGCAAAAUCCGCUCUCGUUUUUUGAGCAAAUCGCUGGCUUUCCUGAGAGCCCCCAGGGAGCCCGGCGGCAGCAGCGGCGCGUGGAGUUACAGCGAAGGGUCGCUCGCGGCCAGGCCGCGGGGUCGUCGUGUUCCCGAGGGACGUUUUGGUGCAAAAAAUAUCUGGCUUUGGGGCUUCGACCUUUGCCGGCUUGGUGCUCGCUGUGGGCAGGCAGGGCCGGCGUGUGCCUCGAGCCAGAACGUGAACUUGGUCCCAGAAGGCGGCGAAGCCAAAGAGCAAUAAAAUGUGGUCGAUUACUCGGGGGGUGAGAAUUAAUCUGCUCCGAGGAGCCAGGCAUCAAAGAUGAAAUUGCAAACUAGCCCCGUAAUGGCCUGAAGAAAUGGGUUGAUUUCACUGUCCAGUGGUUAGAAAACAUUAUUAACCAGAUCUAAAAAUUACGGGCAGCUGAGUGGCACAGCUGGGGACUGUGAUGGGAACGAUUUCUCCUUUGUAACUUGGAGCGGUUUCGCUUGGCGGGGAGGUUUUGUGGCCGUGCAGGCACCGUGGGGAUGCGGCAGGGACGGGGGGGCCCCGCCAGCACCGCUGGGUCCCCGCCGAGGUUGUCCUUGUGGCUGCGAGCAGGGAAAGGGAAGCUCCUUCCUGCCCCAAAAGCCGCUUAAGGCUUUAAACCGCCUUUAGGAUUCAGUUUUAAUUAAAACGGCUUUACCGGGAAAGCUGGAAUUGAUGCGGGGGGGGAGCGAGCUCAGCUCCUGGUGCUGGCAAAGGACAGGAUUUUGUGACAUGGCUGGGGGACAAGUGGGACCCCCCAGUCCCUGCUGCACCCAGGCCGCCUCACGUGCCCUCUGCCCUACCAGGGGAGCCACCUCCGUGGUGUACAGCUGCGAGGAGAAGGGCACGGGCGCCCCGUAUGCUGCCAAAAUACUGAAGAAGACGAUCGACAAAAAGAUCGUGAGGACGGAGAUCGGGGUCCUGCUGCGCCUCUCGCACCCCAACAUCAUCAAGCUGAAGGAGAUCUUCGAGACGCCCUCCGAGAUCGCGCUGGUGCUGGAGCUGGUGACGGGAGGAGAGCUCUUUGACAGGAUCGUGGAGAGGGGCUUCUACAGCGAGCGGGAUGCGGCGCACGUGGUCAAGCAGAUCCUGGAGGCCGUGUCGUAUUUGCAUGAAAACGGAGUCGUCCACCGUGACCUGAAGCCAGAGAACCUGCUCUACGCAGACCUUUCCCCCGACGCUCCCCUGAAAAUCGGUGACUUUGGGCUCUCCAAGAUCGUGGAUGAACAGGACACCAUGAAAACCGUCUGCGGGACGCCGGGGUACUGCGCCCCUGAAAUCCUCCACGGCUGCCCGUACGGCCCAGAAGUGGAUAUGUGGUCCGUGGGUGUCAUCACAUACAUCCUGCUCUGCGGGUUUGAGCCCUUCUUCGACCCGCGGGGGGACCAGUACAUGUACAGCCGCAUCCUCACCUGCGACUACGAGUUCGUGUCCCCGUGGUGGGACGAGGUUUCCCUCAACGCCAAGGACCUGGUUAGAAAAUUGAUCGUCUUGGACCCCCAGAAGAGACUGACCGUCUACCAAGCUCUGGAGCACCCCUGGGUCACUGGGAAGGCCGCUAAAUUUGCUCACAUGGAUAGCACGCAGAAGAAACUGCAGGAGUUUAACGCCAGGAGGAAACUGAAGGCUGCCAUGAAAGCCGUGGUGGCUUCCAGCCGCUUGGGCAACCACGGGCACCACGACUGCUCCAGGAGCGGGCGCAGCCGGGGUGGCCCACGAGGCACGCACCUGCCCCAGGGGCCAGGGAGCGCCGUCCCUGAGGCCACCGCUGCGGCCGAGGACCUCGAGGCUUUUCCUGCCGUGCCCAAGGUCCCCGUGAACGGCGCCAGCUGCAGGAGCUAACGCUGCUCGGCGCCGCGGCCGGCUCACAUCCUCGAGCAAUACCCCAGGGACUCUCGGAGGCGGCCACGGGCAGAGGCAGGGGCGGAGGAAGCCGCAGCGGGACGGGAGCACCCCGAGCGAGACGCGGCGUGCUGUAGGUGUGCGUGGUCUGUGGUGUGAAGCAUCCUUCUGUCGUGUCCUGUUGCCAGUGCAGUUGUAGCCGGUCGCUGUGAGUGUGAGUGUCUGUACGGACCUGCGAAAACAAGGCUGGUGACUCGGUCUUCCAACAACUUACAGUUUUGGCCGCUGUGGCUUUAAAAAAAGUGCCCAAGUGGCUUAAAAAAUGAGGAGCAAACAGCAGAAAAAGGAUUUCUUUCACCUUCCCUACAAAGGCAGUCAGUUAUCUUAACAACAAAGUUUUCUACGUUUCUGUAAAUAGUCCUUAAGGGUGCAUUACUUAGGAGAGAAGGUGAAUUUAGCUGAUUUCUGACAAUCUACAUUCCACCUACAACCGCUGCUACAAGACCCAGCCGUGGGUUUGCUGCUGUAUUCCACCAGGGUUGUCGAUGCCUUUGAACCCAGCUGUUAGAACCUAUCCAGAGAAAGUGUUUGCCAGUUGUUCCUUCAUUAUCCCUAGACAGUAGGUGACCUCAGUUUAAUUUGUGCUUUUGUUACCCUCCGGUUUCAUUUGUUCCGAUGUUCAGUCUCGGUGUGGCUACUUGAGAGUAGUAGGACUAUUACUGACCAGGAAUGCUGGCUUCAUUUGCAUUCCAGGUUGCAAUUUACACGAGUUUUAAUGAAGAACAAUGCAACUAUUUCUACAGAGCAUUGUAGGACUUUGUAACAUGUAACGGUGCUGUUGUUUCUUGACUGAUGACAAUGAGUUUAUACACGUUUGUUUGUUUUUAAAACUAAUGAAAUCGGUUGACAAACUUCUUGAAAAGAAAAUUUCUAGGCAAUCAUUUGCCAAGCCACAUGAUAAUACCCAUUUGUGGAUUUUAAUACAGAGCAAGUAACGAGAAAGGAAAAGCCAUAUCACACGUGCUAGACUAAAGAAAGCCUGUCGGUUGGUGCCAGGCUCAGCUGCUGUAAUCCAGCAUGGGGCUUGCUGACCCAAGGCACUGCAAGCGGUGUCAGUCGUGGUCAUUUUUGGUCAUGUACAUGUAACAGCGUGUUCCAGGCAAAAAAAAAUCUCACCUGGGAGAGAAUGAAUUCAUACACGAAGUUCAUUUUUCCAGGAUGGGGAUGUACAAUUCGUUAGCUGAUAAAGAAGGGACUGCGAACAAAAUGCAACUUUGCUUAAGCUGAAAGCUGCAAUCAGAGACACUCAGCUCAGUCCAGAGAGGGCUGGUCAGCAGAUCGAGACCUGUAAGCAGAGAGGCAGGAAGGCAAAGGUGACACGGUGACUUUCAUACCUAGUUACAGCACAAGUAGAAAUCAUAAAGACAACAUGUAAGGGCUGAUCCAUAUCUUAUGAUGCUCAUUUAUGUUUUAGGGUGCUUGUAAAGCUGAAUAGAGGAGAGAUUGGAUGUUCACGAGUUUUUAUUUAAUUGGAAAAAUAUUAGGUGAAGACCAGAAAUGUGCUCCUUUUACUGUCCUUCAUACCUUAAACAGGGAAGCAGGUGGAUAGCAUAGCAUCGCUUUGGAGAAAGCAAAGGCUAAUGGUGUGGGAGAAUGGCGUAAGCAAGGGGAAAAUUAUUCCUGUUGCUCUGCGUUUUGUGGGAGGAGCAGUUGUUUUCUUUCUUCCUCCCUCUAUUUUUAAUGUAGAGGCUGCAUCUUACAGCGCGCUGAGCUCUGGUCUUCCUUCUACAGGUAUGUUUAGGGUGACUCUCUCCUGCAAACUCCAUUUACAAUAAUGGAGCCAGAACUCCAAGUAUGCCAUUUACUAAACCAGGUAUUAAAAGACUAUUUUAUACGCUUGGACAUGAAAUACCUAUUUAAACAUCUUGCAGGACCAGGCCCGAGUGCUCAGCACACCCACAGCCUGUGAAGCAGGGACCAAUGCUGGAAAAUGCUAAGCGACAUUGCACUGCCUUCAGACUACUCCUGAUCUUGCAGAAUCAUAAGAUAUCAAUUAGAUAACAACAAGUAAUGUGUCUUCUGUGAUAGGAGACAUCCGAUG